ACUUGCAAGUGUGUACGUGUGGCAGCUGUGCGGUGCGUUCGCCUCAACCGAAUACGCGGAUCACACGGGCUGUCAACCUUUUGUGGAAAAUGACGAAAAUCACAGUAGUCAAAACCAAGGCUUAUUCCGACCAGAAGCCUGGCACGAGUGGACUGAGGAAAAGGGUGACAGUCUUUCAAACGAAUGAACACUAUGCGGAGAACUUCAUUCAAAGCAUUAUCUCUUGCAUCGAACCAGCGGAGCGUCAGCCUGGACUGCUCGUAGUGGGAGGCGAUGGAAGGUUUUUCAUGAAAGAUGCCAUUCAGUUGAUCAUCCAGAUCGCCGCUGCUAAUGGGAUAGGCCACCUGGUCAUUGGUCAGAAUGGCAUCAUGUCCACCCCCGCUGUGUCCUGUGUGAUCCGCAAGCUCAAAGCCGUGGGAGGAAUCAUCCUCACGGCCAGCCACAACCCCGGUGGCCCUAAAGGAGACUUUGGCAUCAAGUACAACAUCGCCUCCGGAGGUCCUGCGCCAGAGGGAAUCACAGACAAAAUAUUCCAGAUCAGCAAGAGCCUAACAGAGUACCACAUCUGCCCCGACCUCAAGGUUGACAUCUCCAAGAUCGGCAAGCAGACCUUUGAGGUGGACACAUUCAAGCCCAUGACAGUGGAGAUCGUGGACUCUGUGGAGUCCUACGCUGAGAUGCUGAGGGGAAUUUUCGACUUCAAUGCCCUAAAACAGCUUGUGUCUGGAGCCAAUCACAUUAAAGUCCGUCUGGACGCCAUGCACGGAGUGGUUGGACCCUACGUGAAGAAGAUCGUCUGUGAGGAGUUGGGCGCUGCUGACGACGGUGCCUUCAACUGUGUCCCCAAGGAGGACUUUGGUGGUCAUCACCCUGACCCCAAUCUGACCUACGCCUCUGACCUGGUCAAUGCCAUGAAGGGAGGAGAGUACGACCUCGGAGCCGCCUUUGAUGGUGACGGUGAUCGUAACAUGGUCCUUGGAAAGCAUGGCUUCUUUGUCAACCCCUCUGACUCUGUGGCCAUCAUUGCAGCCAACAUCACUUGCAUCCCCUACUUCCAGAAGACUGGGGUCAAAGGUCUGGCCCGCAGCAUGCCCACCAGCGGAGCUCUGGACAAUGUGGCUAAAGCCUUGAAGAUGAAUCUGUAUGAGACUCCUACUGGCUGGAAGUUCUUUGGCAACCUGAUGGACGCUGGCAAGCUGUCUCUGUGCGGAGAGGAGAGCUUCGGCACUGGCUCUGAUCACAUCCGUGAGAAGGACGGCUUGUGGGCGGUGCUGGCCUGGAUGUCCAUCCUAGCCCACAGGAAGCAGAGUGUGGAGGAGAUCAUGAAAGACCACUGGAACAAAUUUGGCAGGAACUUCUUCACCAGGUAUGAUUAUGAAGAAGUGGAAUCAGACAAAGCCAACACCAUGAUCAAGGAGCUUGAGGCUAAGAUGUUUGACAAGUCCUUUGUGGGCCAGAAGUUUUCAUCGGGAGAUAAGAGCUACGAGGUGGCUGUCUCUGACAACUUUGCCUACACCGACCCUGUGGACGGCAGCAUCUCCAAGAACCAGGGUCUGAGGAUCGUCUUCUCCGACGGCUCCAGGAUCAUCUUUCGUCUCAGUGGGACAGGCAGUGCCGGUGCGACCGUCAGGCUCUACAUAGACAGCUAUGAGAAGGACCCCGCCAAAAUCUACGGCGAUGCACAGGUCAUGCUGAAACCUCUGGUGGAGAUUGCGCUGAAGAUCUCUGGGCUCCAUGAGAAGACCGGCCGCACCGGGCCCACUGUGAUCACAUAGACUGCUGGCCGCACCGGGCCCACUGUGAUCAGACUGCUGGCCCUGCCCCCCCACUGUGAUCACACAGAAUGCUAGCCCUGCCCCCCCACUGUGAUCACAUAGACUGCUAGCCCUGUCCCCCCACUGUGAUCACACAGACUGCUAGCCCUGUCCCCCCACUGUGAUCAAACAGACUGCUAGCCCUGUCCCCCCACUGUGAUCACAUAGACUGCUAGCCCUGUCCCCCCACUGUGAUCACAGACUGCUAGCCCUGUCCCCCACUGUGAUCACAUAGACUGCUAGCCCUGUCCCCCCACUGUGAUCACAUAGACUGCUAGCCCUGUCCCCCCACUGUGAUCACAUAGACUGCUAGCCCUGUCCCCCCACUGUGAUCACACAGACUGCUAGCCCUGUCCCCCCACUGUGAUCACAUAGACUGCUAGCCCUGUCCCCCCCCGCUGUGAUCACAUAGACUGCUAGCCCUGUCCCCCCCACUGUGAUCACAUAGACUGCUAGCCCUGUCCCCCCCACUGUGAUCACAUAGACUGCUAGCCCUGUCCCCCCCACUGUGAUCACAGACUGCUAGCCCUGUCCCUCCACUGUGAUCACACAGACUGCUAGCCCUGUCCCCCCACUGUGAUCACAGACUGCUAGCCCUGUCCCCCCACUGUGAUCACACAGACUGCUAGCCCUGUCCCCCCACUGUGAUCACACAGACUGCUAGCCCUGUCCCCCCACUGUGAUCACACAGACUGCUAGCCCUGUCCCCCCACUGUGAUCACACAGACUGCUAGCCCUGUCCCCCCACUGUGAUCACACAGACUGCUAGCCCUGUCCCCCCACUGUGAUCACAUAGACUGCUAGCCCUGUCCCCCCACUGUGAUCACACAGACUGCUAGCCCUGUCCCCCCACUGUGAUCACACAGACUGCUAGCCCUGUCCCCCCACUGUGAUCACACAGACUGCUAGCCCUGUCCCCCCACUGUGAUCACAUAGACUGCUAGCCCUGUCCCCCCACUGUGAUCACAUAGACUGCUAGCCCUGUCCCCCCCACUGUGAUCACAUAGACUGCUAGCCCUGUCCCCCCCACUGUGAUCACAUAGACUGCUAGCCCUGUCCCCCCACUGUGAUCACAUAGACUGCUAGCCCUGUCCCCCCACUGUGAUCACAUAGACUGCUAGCCCUGUCCCCCCACUGUGAUCACAUAGACUGCUAGCCCUGUCCCCCCACUGUGAUCACAUAGACUGCUAGCCCUGUCCCCCCACUGUGAUCACAUAGACUGCUAGCCCUGUCCCCCCCACUGUGAUCACAUAGACUGCUAGCCCUGUCCCCCCACUGUGAUCACAUAGACUGCUAUCCCUGUCACACCCUUCCAGGUAACUCAGUCCUAUCAACCCUUUAACCGUUCCACUUGUGCCUAGCCUCUGAAGAACAACCUCACCUCACUUGUACCAUAAAGCCAUCCAAACAAAGGCUUAAAAUGUAAUGCUGCCAUUCACCAUGAAUAAAACAUCCUUACAAAAAAAUAUUGUCGCACUCGUGUGUAUGUAUUUGGGAGAUAUUAAAUAAAUCUAUAUUUAAA